UGCAGCGUUUGGUGGUGGUGAGCCAUUCACUAACCAGACACGUACUAUGUUAACUAGAUCUGUUUCUGCAACAAGCAUGAAGCAAAAGUGAACCAAUGGCUAGUUGGUUGAAGAGGGGGCUAAGAGUACUGCGUUAACAUUCACUAAGCAAGGUUUCUGUCUGAAAUACCCUAAAAAGACACAUAUGAGGAAUCUCUAAUACCUGCUCUUACAGAUCAGCAUUCAAACAUUUUCUGUCUCAUGCCUCUCUUUAUUCCACAUUCUCUUUAUACUGUUCUUUUUCUCAUGAUAACUGUUAACUGUUUUGCCUGUAUUUCCCUAGAAUUGUUCUUCAUAAUGCUGCAAAAAGUGACUUACCCAGCUCCUUCAGCCCCUUGUGAAAAUGACAUUUCAGGGAUCUUGUUCCUCAAACCCAGCAGUGAAUCUGCCUUUACACAUGCAUUUAAAAUGCAGCCCUAUUCAAAGUAUUUCUUUUCAGUGCAGUGUCUAAACUGGAUUGUUUGGGACGGGAACUAUCUUUAUUCUCUGUUCCAUGUAGCCCAGACCCACAUGUGGAUUUCCUGGACUGGAUAGUUUUGAUAUGAAGUGUACCCUGUGCUGUUACUUACUGAGGGCUUUGUUUUGAGUGGCUGCUGUGAAGCUAUGGUGGUGUGACAAGCCAGCAAGGUAGUCCUUAAUGAAUGUUAUAACAAUUGAAGACUAUAAGAGCACAUAUUGGCCAAAGUUGGACAGUGCCAUAGAUCAGCUUUUAACUCAGAGUCCUGGUGACUACAUCCCUAUCUCCUAUGAACAAAUAUACAGUUGUGUGUAUAAAUGUGUAUGCCAGCAGCAUUCGGAACAGAUGUAUAGUGACCUAAUAAAAAAGAUAACUAACCACUUAGAGAGAGUCUCAAAGGAGCUGCAGGCCAGCCCUCCAGAUCUCUAUAUUGAAAGAUUUAACGUAGCUCUUGGACAGUAUAUGGGAGCAUUGCAGAGCAUUGUGCCUCUUUUCAUAUAUAUGAAUAAAUUUUACAUAGAAACCAAGCUUAACAGAGACCUAAAAGAUGACCUUAUAAAGCUGUUUACGGAACACGUUGCAGAAAAGCACAUUUACAACCUAAUGCCUUUACUUUUGGAAGCUCAGUCAACGCCGUUUCAAAUAACUCCUUCAACCAUGGCAAAUAUUGUGAAAGGACUGUAUACACUACGACCAGAAUGGGUACAGAUGGCACCAGCUUUAUUUUCAAAAUUCAUCCCAAACAUUCUACCCCCUGCUGUGGAAUCUGAGCUUCAGGAAUAUGCUGCUCAAGACCAGAAACUUCAAAGAGAGCUUAUGCAGAAUGGAUUUACUAGAGGUGACCAGUCACGCAAGAGAGCUGGAGAAGAAUUAACUUACAAUGGCUCAUCAGCUUGUGCAAGUUCCAGGGGGUACAGAUAGUGAAUAUAGUGGAUCAGCUUCUAUUCCUAGCCAGAACAGACACUGGAGGAGCACAGGUGGUAUUUGGAGCCUCCUUUGGCAACUGCUGAUACUCAAGCUCUGACACGGACUAUGUCUCAAAGAAGAGUUUUGGACUUUCUUCUUGAUAUAAUAAAAUGUCAGUUGCUGCUACAUUUGGGGUGACUGAAAGACAUGAAUCCUUGGUCUGGCCUCUCAACAAGUUAAUGUUCUGCGAUUUUUGUGAGGAAUGCACCUUGAAAAAGAAUCCUUUCAAAGUGGAAAUGGGGCAGCCGAAAUUAGCAGCUUCCAAAAGCGUUAGAACGGAAUAAUCUUUUUUGCACUCUUUUCUUAAUAUUAAGGACAUUCUUAAAACUAGUUAACACGUCAGUGUAUUAGUUUUUAAACUUCAAGGUAUUUUCUGGAGCUUUUACUUAAAUAAUAAGAAUAAAGUUUCAUUAUUUUGCAGUAUUUGUUCAUUAGUUUAAAAAUUGUCACCUUUUAAGGGUUGGUCCCAUAUAAAUGUAUCUUCUGUCAGGGAGUUUUAAAUUCCAGAUUUUUCUUUUUUUUUUUUUGUUAUUUGGUAUUUUGAAAUCUGUUUUCCUAUGUGUUUGUACUCUGUGCCUUCAGCUUGUGCACUUUGCAACUUUACAGACCAUAUUUUGUUACUGCAAAAUGUGUUCUUGAGGAAAAACUUGAUGUGAACAAACAUGCUGCAAAGUUGCACUUUUCUCUUGCAUUAAUGGGAGGUGAAGGAAGAAAAGUUGAACCUAUCACCAUUGCUGAUAGUGACUUGGAAGUUUGUCCCCUUUUAUUUUUUGUAUGUGUUAGUGUUUAAUGCUGGGACCAACUCUCAUAGAAACCCUCUCAUUGACUUUUCAUUGGCUUCCGUAAUUGCAAUAGAUUGAGAAGUGAAUUCCAGACUGAAUGAAAUAUGAUGUGCUUUAUGCUGUGCUAUGUGGACAUUGUGGACAAAGUUCUCCGGUCUAGUAGGUCUGCAAAGUGCAUCUCCGUCAGCACAAACCAGAUUUGCACCUGAUUGAUCAGCAAACAAUGGUACCUGUCCAAGAUCACUUUAUGGCUCGUGUGCCAUUUCUCCUGUUUUGGGGAUGUGAUGGGGGUGUGAUAGUGAAUGUUGUCAGAAUCAAGGAGUUGAGGAGUGGUGUCACACAUGCAUGUAUACACAUUGGCCUCCUGUUUCCAGUCUUGUGUAAACUCAGCUGGAAAUCCAGCUGAGCCCAGUUCCAGGAGAUCUGGACCUAUGGUCUGAAUCCUAAUGAUUGUGACAUGGGUUUUAAUCAGUAGUAUGGCUAAUACAAUUCUUUCAUGAGGGGAGGAACAUACUUGAAACAGCAGUUUGAUUACAGGGUUGGGUUUUUUUUUUAUUACUAUGGAUUUAUUUUUUAUGACCUUUAGUUAUCAAGAGAAAUAAGUUGGUAAUAUAAAAUCUUUCUGAAGUGAAACAAUUGUUUGUUCAGUUUUGUCUUGCACAACUCUUAUGCCUGUUUAAAAAAAAAAAAAAAAACCACACAAAACCCCAACACAACCCCCUUUUUGCUUGCAUGAGUUCAUUACAAAAUGCAGGAAAAAGAUUAAAAAGUAGAUGCGGCAGGGACAAAGUUUCUUUUUCGUUUUGUUUUGUAGCCAGACUUCAUGUAAAUGAAUUUAAUUAUCAGUUUCACAUCAGCCACUUUCGCAAUGCUGUUAGUUUGAGGGGCAGGGGGGGAUGAUGAAUGAGGACAACUGCUAUGAUUGACAGAUUCAAAUCUGAUUUACAUAUAUAUUUCUUUGCAUAUUUGCAAAGCAUAUUUAAUUUUUGAGGAAGUUUUUCUUUAAAAAUUGUUGCUUCAGCAUUUUGUUUUCUGUGUAGAACAAUGCCAGCAGUCUAGUGUCAUCCCUGAUAGUGGAAAUUCAAACCACUCUGAGUAGUGAUUUUCAAGUGUUGGUAAGUGUUUGCUUCUAAGUUGAAGCAGAAUUAGACAAAAAUGGGAAUUUCAAAAAUUUUGCUGAAGUAUGCAAUGGAGAAGUUAAUGAAGGUUAAUAGGGAACAAAAACAAUUUGCCAGCUUCCAGAAUUUUAUCAGUUUUGGCUUUAAGCAAAAAUAAAACCUCUGAUAGUGUCCUUAGCUUUAAAAAUCACUGUUUUCUUGGGUUAAGAAUAGAUACAUUAACCUAAUUUGGUUAAAUUUUUUUUACAGCUUUGUUACCGUUCUAGCUCACAUAGUACAAUAAUCAAGCUCUGUCAUCUUUGUCAAGUGAUCACAAUGUUUUUCUGUUCUUAAAGUGGUUUUACUGGUUCAAGUUUGUAAAUAACGUAGUCCUUUUGCUUCGUGUUUGAGGCAAGGGUUCAACAUUCAUUUUAUGUUGCAUUAUGUUUGGGACACAAACUUCUAGAACAACAAUUCCAUCAAAAAGUAAAGCAUUCCUGUCAGCAUGGUUCACUUUGUAUGCACUGGGUAGUGCUUGGAUGCUUCUCAGUCCUGUGUAGCAUUCUCACUUGGCCACCAUACCUGAGAAAUCUGUUUGUUAAGCACUGUAUUAUGUUGUAAAUUUGGCAUUAAAAUUCCUGUAUGUUUUGGCAUUAUUAACAUAAUGCUGAAAUAUUGUUUAUCUGUCGAAGACGUUAUCAUUGUGACUGAGCAUGAAACAGAAUACAGCAUACUAUACUAAAUUGUUUCUCUGUAAACUUGCAUUUUACUUACAGUAAAACUAACUUGGCCAACUUGAGCGUUGGUACUGUAAAGCCACAAUUACCAACAGCAUGAUCCUAACAGCAGUAUUUAAUUUAAUCAAAUAACUUGUGGUAAAUCCGUUGCAUCUGUAGCUUACUCUGUUAAGAUUAAGCAGUAAAGUUGGUUAUACAAUGGGUGUCCUCUUUAUGUUGCACUGGUUCUAUAGCCAAACUUGCUACGUUAAAAUAUUUUUAGAUUAAUUUCAUUUCUUGAUUUGGGAAGUUAAAAUAUUUAAAUUCUGCUGAGUACUGUAAUAGUAGGCAGUUGUCAGUAUAUGAACAAGAUGGUCUUUGAUACAAAUGAUGAAGGUGGGGUCUAACUAGAUAAGUACUCAACUUGUCUGCAGUUGGAUCUCCUUGAUGCUUUUCUGCAGGUGUUGAGGAAGUAUCUGUGGAUGAAUACUUCGAAGCAAAAGUUUUUGACUCUUGUCGUUUGGUAGAAAUAUGAUC